GAGGUGACUGUUUUGCUUUUUUCUGAACAUAUCAGACCAAACCUGGGCUGUCUGGCACUUUUUUUUUUUUUUGAGUCGGAGUCUCACUCUGUCGCCCAGGCUGGAGUGUAGUGUCGUGAUCUCGGCUCACUGGAACCUCCACCUUCCCGGUUCAAGUGAUUCUCCUGCCUCAGCCCCACAAGUAGCUGGGAUUACAGAAGUGCACUCCCACGCCCAGCUCAUUGUUUCUGUAUUUUUACAGAAAAACAGACAGGUUUCACCAUGUUGGCCAGGCUGAUCUCAACCUCCUCACCUCUGGUUAUCUGUCGGCAUCGGCUUCCAAAAGUGCUGGGAUUACAAGUGUGAGCCACCGCACCUGGUUUGCCCAUUUUUUGACAAUGUAUCAACAUCAUCUAAGAUGGGCACUGCCUCAGUGUAGUGUGUCUAGACAAGGUGGCCGGAACAGAGAGGAAUAUGCAUACCAGGCUUAAAGACGGGUUAAAUCAGAGCUUUUCAUUCCACAAAAGAGCAAUUUUAAUGAGGUCAGAACAUGGAUGUUCUAAUAUUUGAAAGCCUGUUAACUAGGAGAGAGAGAGAGUAAAGUGAUUUGUUGUAGGAGGACACACCCAGCUCUGACGGUUUCAAGCGUCAUGAAUGCAAAUUUGAACUCCAGAAAAGCAGAGCUUCCUAACAAUGGGACUUCCACAGCAAUGGGAUUUCCUUCCGCAUUCAGUUUGUGCCUUUCCCAUGAGCGAGAGACUCCUAGGAGAGCCGCAGCCCGUUAGGAAGCCAUGUGGGAACUCAUCCACAGGUUCUCUUUUUUUUUUUUUUUUUUUUUUUGACAUGUAGUUUUGCUCUUGUUGCCCAGGCUGGAGUGCAAUGGUGCAACCUUGGGUCACUGCAACCUCCGCCUCCCAAGUUUAAGCCAUUCUGCUGCCCCCGCCUCCUGAGUGGCUGGGAUUACAGGCACCCACCACCAUGCCUGACUCAUUUUUUGUAUUUUUAGAAGAGAUGGGGUUUCACCAUGUUGGCCAGGCUGCUCUUAAACUCCUGACCUCAAGCGAUCCACCUGCUAUGGCCUCCCAAAGCGCUGGGAUUACAGGUGUGAGCCACUGUGCCUGGCCGGAACCCACAGGUUCUUUGGAUGGUCUCUGAAUGUCAUGAAACUCUUUUAUAUUUAAUUAAAAGAAUUUUUUUGACACAAGGUCUUGCUGUGUUGCCCAGACUGGAGUGCGGUGUCACGAUCACAGCUCACCGCAGCCCCUAACUCCUAGGCUCAAGCAAUCCUCCUGCCACCUCAGUCUCUCAAGUUGUUGGAACACAGGUGCCAGCCACGACACCUGGCUAAUUUUGUUUUGUUUUGUUUUGUUUUGUUUUAGAGAUGGGCUCUUGCUAUGUUGCCUAUACUGGUCUUGAACUGCUGGCCUCAGGCAGUCUUCCUCCCUUGGCCACCCAAAGAGAUGGGAUUACAAGCAUGAGCCACUGUGCACAGCUGAGAUUUUUCGACUUAGUCUUUUUGUACACCCAGUAUCUUAUAGAAUAUCCAUAAUAUAGAUUCAUAAAUAAACCAUUUCCUUCAAUGGUAUAAAUAAAUAAACCACUGCCAAAAAUGGUGGAAUUUUCUGAGUUAAGAGCAAUACAUAUGAUACAAAACUUGAUAUAUAGAGUUUCUUAGCCAAACUGGAGGGGCUGGCUUUAGGUGAUCCGUGGACUCCCUGAAAUUGGGGACACCAUUGGAAAUAUGUGUGAACUCAUGGGCAGUUUCCUAUGAUUUCCAGUCCUCAAAAUAUCUCUUGGACUCAAAGAUGCCUUAGGGCAGAGGACGCGUGUACCCCCAGUACAGAAUCUCAGACAGUGAAUGUCAGUAGACAUUCGGCAGAAAAGCUCUGCCAAAUUGAGUGCUCUGAUGUGACUUUUUCAUCAAGUCAAUGUUCCUGGGAUCUCUUGUACAUGAUAAUCUCACUCUUGUAAGGUUUCAUCGUUUCUGCUUACCCUACUUUUCUUUCCCAUCCUGAUCCCUCUCCCACCAGACCGGACUCUGAAACGGGCAUGUACAGAGAAGAGGAGACCCCAAUACGCUUCAAGCUUUGAGCGGAGAGGACACAGCCUCUGCUGGGACAGGGAACAGAGGGAUGCGGAGACCCUGAAGAUGCUUUUGGACAGUGGUCUGAGGUUGGGACAGUGGCAGGAGAUACCAUUCACCCAGGAUCUCCAGGACAAGAGAUCAGCCUGGCAGUUACAUGUGUUUUUGUUCAAACUAGUUGCCAGGUUGGCAUGAACGAUGACAUCAGAGAUUCCGACCUUCCUGAUUGGAGGGACCGGACUCUGUCGGCACCUGGCAGUUCAGUUGGACAACAGUAACUUCUCAGAGCUGUUCUCCACUCCUGACUUCUCCCAGCCUCGAGAAUUGAUAACACACUCUUCUGGAUCCCAGCAGUGUCCAGAAGAAGACCAAGGACAGAACAGAGACUAGGUUCGGUGAGAUGGGACAGAUUUUGGGAAAGAUCAUCAUGAGCCAUCAACCGCAGCCCCAGGAAGAGCAGAGCCCCCAGCGGAGCACCUCAGGGUACCCCCUCCAGGAGGUGGUGGAUGAUGAAGUGUCGGGACCAUCAGCCCCUGGGGUAGAUCCCAGCCCCCCACGUAGGUCCCUUGGCUGGAAAAGGAAGAGGGAGUGUUUGGAUGAAUCUGACGAUGAGCCAGAGCAGGAGCUCGCCCCUGAGCCUGAGGAGACCUGGGUGGCGGAGACGCUGUGUGGCCUCAAGAUGAAGGCGAAGCGACGGCGAGUGUCGCUCGUGCUCCCUGAGUACUACGAGGCCUUCAACAGGCUGCUUGAGGAUCCUGUCAUUAAAAGAUUCCUGGCCUGGGACAAAGAUCUGAGGGUGUCGGACAAGUAUCUCCUGGCUAUGGUCAUAGCGUAUUUCAGCCGGGCCGGCCUCCCCUCCUGGCAAUACCAACGCAUUCAUUUCUUCCUGGCUCUCUAUCUGGCCAAUGACAUGGAGGAGGACGACGAGGCCCCCAAACAAAACAUCAUCUGCUUCCUGUACGAGGAGACCCGCUCUCAUAUAUCCUUGCUCCAUGAGCUUUGGUUCCAGUUAUGCCAUUACAUGAACCCGAGGGCCAGGAAGAACCGCUCUCAGAUAGCCUUGUUCCGGAAGCAUCGGUUCCACUUCUUCUGUUACAUGCACUGCAGGGCUUGGGUUUCCCUGGAGGAGUUGGAAGAGAUCCAGGCUUAUGACCCAGAGCACUGGGUGUGGGCGCGAGAUCGCGCCCACCUUUCCUAGAGCUCCAGGGACCGUGGAGGCCUGAGGUCAUCGGCCUGAGAGAAGGUACAUCUGCAUCCUCCGGGGUAAAGGCAGAAUAUUGGGGUCUAUUUCGGAAAUCCAAGGAACCCAAUUGCUUGAUCUGGCUUCAAGCCUGGGCAACGUGGCGAGAUCCCCUCUCCACAAAAAUACAAAAAUUAGCCAGGCGAUGUGGGAGGCAUCUCUACUCCCAACUACUCAGGAGGCUGAGGCAGGAGGAUCGCUGGAGCCUGGGAGGUCGGGGCUGCAGGGAGCCCUGAUCCUGCCACUGCACUCCAGCCCGGGUGACAGAGUGAGACCCUGCCUCAAAAAUAAUCAUAAAUACUGAGUUCGGGGAGGUUCAUUAUGAUUGACGCACUUGAGUUACCGAUUUGGGUCGAGGGUUCAGUGAAGCUUUGGUUUACAUCUUGUGCAGCUAACCAUGUUGAGCACAGAGCAUGAGACUUCGUCAUGAGGAGGGAGGAUUAUGGAUUAGGCUUCUGGACUCGUGGUUCCUGAUGUUGUCACAUUAGAAACAGAUCUAGCACGGUUACAAGUUUAGAUCUGAAGUGACACAAAAGGCCCCAGCUGUGAUGAAGUCCAAAGCCACAUUCUCUGAGGGUGCCCUACUCCCUGGGAAGACCCACCCAAAGUCCUUGCUAUGAAGCAGAGCACUGGGGCUGACCUUGGGUGUAUUAAGUUUUGGAGUCAGGGUCACCAAAGUGUGAGUUUCACAGUUGAACACGAUGGUUCAGAAGCAGGGUAUAGAAUGAAAGGCAGGAGAUAAAAUUGCACUUCUCAAUUGCUCUGAACUCUAGCUAGACUUGACAUGGGACGUGAAUAACCUUCCUGUCUAGAGAGCUGCCUCCUUGAGGUGUGACAUUGUCUCUCUCACUUCCAGAACACCGGACCCAGGGGA